GAAACCCUAGAGAGCUCAGGGCCCCCUCGCCGCCAGAGCGUCCUGGGCCGACCCAGGUAGAGAAGGAAGUUGAGACGGAGGCAGGGGAUUUCAGGGCUCAGUCCCUGGCCCUUAAGAGAAAGUCCUCCAGGGCCGCCGCCGCCGGUCGCGCCAUGCCGCUCCCGGACCCGAGACCCUGGGCCUCGCUGCUGCUGGCGGAUUUGGCCUUGCUCUGGCUGCUUCAGGGGACGGUGGGGGCUUUGCUCCCCCAGGGGCUUCCAGGACUGUGGCUGGAGGGGACCCUGCGACUCGGGGGGCUGUGGGGGCUGCUAACUCUGGGAGGGCUGUCGGGGCUGGUGAGGACCCGGCUACCCGUGCUGUGCCUGGCCACGCCACUGUUUCUCUCGCUGAGGGCCCUGGUCGCAGGGGCGGCGAGUGCGCCCGCAGCCAGGGUGGCUUCCGCGCCGUGGAGCUGGCUGCUGUUGGGCUACGGGGCGGCCGGGCUGAGCUGCGCCGUGUGGGCUGUGCUGAGCCCCCCGGGAGCGGCAGAGGGCGCUCAGGCCCGGGAGGACAGCAGAGCGUUGAUGUGGAGAUUGCUGAAGCUCUCCAGGCCAGACCGGCCUUUCCUCACCGCCGCCUGCGUCUUCCUGGUGUUUGCUGUUUUGGGGGAGACCGCAAUCCCUCACUAUUCCGGUCGUGUGAUUGACAUCCUGGGAAGUGAUUUUGAGCCUGAGGCAUUUGUCAGCGCCAUCUUUUUCAUGUGCCUCUUCUCUGUUGGCAGCUCGCUGUCUGCAGGCUGCCGAGGAGGAUUCUUCAUGCUCAUCAUGUCCAGAAUCAACGUGCGGGUCCGGGAGCAGCUCUUCUCCUCGCUGCUACGCCAGGACCUGGGUUUCUUCCAGGAGACUAAGACAGGAGAGCUGAACUCACGGCUGAGCUCCGACACCUUGCUGAUGAGCCGCUGGCUGCCCUUGAACGCCAACGUGCUCUUGCGAAGCCUGGUGAAAGUGGUGGGGCUGUACAGCUUCAUGCUGCACGCGUCCCUCCAGCUGACCUUCCUCUCUCUGCUCGACGUGCCCCUCACCAUAGCAGCUGAGAAGGUGUACAGCAGCCGCCACCAGGCGGUGCUGCUGCAGAUCCAGGACGCGGUGGCGCGGGCAGGGCAGGUGGUGCGGGAGGCCGUCGGAGGGCUGCCGACCGUGCGCAGUUUUGGGGCUGAGGAGCACGAGGUCUGUCGCUACAAGGAGGCCCUGGAAAAAUGCCGGCAGCUGUGGUGGCGACGAGACCUGGAGCGAGCCCUGUACUUGCUCCUGCGCAGGCUGCUGCAGCUGGGGAUGCAGGUGCUGAUGCUGAACUGCGGGCUGCGGCAGAUCCUGGCUGGCGAGCUCACGAAGGGCGGGCUGCUCUCCUUCCUGUUCUACCAGGAGGAGGUGGGCCGCCACGUGCACACGCUGGUGUACAUGUGGGGGGAUAUGCUGAGCAACGUGGGAGCUGCUGAGAAAGUAUUUCGCUACCUGGACCGGAAGCCAAAUCUGCCCCCAGCAGGGACCCUGGCUCCUCCCACGCUGCAGGGGCUCGUGGAAUUCCAAGACGUCUCCUUUGCAUAUCCCAGUCGCCCUGACCAACCUGUGCUGCAGGGGCUGACGUUCACCCUCCGUCCCGGGGAGGUGACGGCGCUGGUGGGACCCAACGGGUCUGGGAAGAGCACGGUGGCCGCGCUGCUGCAGAAUCUGUACCAGCCCACCGGGGGGCGCCUGCUGCUGGACGGGGAACCCAUCUCAGAAUACGAGCACCACUACCUGCACCGCCAGGUGGCUGUGGUCGGGCAGGAGCCUGUGCUGUUCUCGGGUUCCCUGAGGGACAACAUCGCCUAUGGGCUUGCGAACUGCGGGGAUGACCAGGUGAUGGCUGCCGUGCAGGCUGCGCGGGCGGACGACUUCAUAAGGGAAAUGGAGCGUGGGAUAUUCACAGAUGUCGGGGAGAAGGGGAGUCAGCUGGCUGCGGGACAGAAGCAACGUGUGGCCAUCGCCCGGGCCCUGGUGCGGGACCCACGGGUUCUCAUCCUGGACGAGGCCACCAGUGCCCUGGACGCACAGUGUGAGCAGGCUCUGCAGGACUGGAAGUCCCAGGGCGACCGAGCGGUGCUGGUGAUCGCCCACAGGCUGCAGACGAUCCAGAACGCCGACCAGAUCCUGGUGCUGAGGCAGGGAAGGCUGCUGGAGCCCUCCCAGCUCCGGGAGGGCCAGGACCUCUACAGCCGCCUGGUGCAGCAGCAGCUGCAGGACUGAGGCCCCGGGGGCCUUGGGCCCUUCUCCGCGCUGUCUCCGUGACCCACACUGGCUGCUGCCCUGACUUUCCCCGGGGCUGUGCCCUGGGUGGUUGUUCCUGGAAGCCGAGGCAUGGUGAAGAUGUGGGUGCUGUGUGCUUGUGGUGGGGUGGGGAUGGAGGGAUGGGGGAGUCAGAGAGAGGCUGGGAUGUGUGUCUGGAAACCUCAUCUCUUUGGUGAUUAGAGCCUCUUCAGGUACAGAACAGUGUACUGUGCCAUAAUAAAUAUAUUU